AAACCUGUCAGUAUCAUCCUUUUGCACUUUCCAGAACUCUCCUUGUAUACUUUGUCUUUAUCUCUCAUUUUAUGACAGACAAGCCUAGAACACUCUUGCAUUAUCAAGUACUACUAACUUUAAUUAAGUAGACAUUAUUCUAACUAAUCCAAGAUUAGAUUAGAAGUUUCAAGAAUUCUGACACAACCCACUUUACCUUUAUAAUACUUCACUCCAAACCCUGUUUUCACUCCCAAUUCACAACUUUACUCUCUACAUUGUGUCUUCGGAGAGAAUCAGAGAGAGUCAGAGAGAAAGAGACUGAGAGAGAGAUGGAGGGCAAAGAAGAGGAUGUUAGGGUGGGAGCUAACAAGUUCUCAGAGAGGCAGCCUUUGGGCACAUCUGCACAGACAGAUAAGGACUACAAGGAGCCUCCACCAGCACCAUUGUUUGAGCCUGGUGAGCUCACUUCGUGGUCCUUUUACAGGGCUGGGAUUGCUGAGUUUAUAGCCACUUUCUUGUUCUUGUAUGUCACUGUUUUGACUGUUAUGGGUGUGGCUAGGGCACCUAAUAAGUGUGCUUCUGUGGGAAUUCAAGGAAUUGCUUGGGCUUUUGGUGGUAUGAUUUUUGCCCUUGUUUACUGCACUGCUGGUAUUUCAGGUGGGCACAUUAACCCAGCUGUCACCUUUGGGUUGUUUCUGGCUAGGAAGCUUUCGCUUACCAGGGCUCUGUUCUAUAUGGUGAUGCAGUGCCUCGGUGCUAUUUGUGGUGCUGGUGUGAUCAAGGGCUUUGAGGGAUCUUCGAGAUUUGAGCUCAACGGUGGUGGUGCUAAUGUUGUGAACCAUGGCUACACAAAGGGUGAUGGACUUGGUGCUGAGAUUGUUGGCACCUUUGUUCUUGUGUACACUGUCUUCUCUGCAACUGAUGCCAAGAGAAGUGCUAGAGAUUCACAUGUUCCUAUACUGGCUCCACUGCCUAUUGGUUUCGCAGUAUUCUUGGUCCAUCUGGCCACCAUCCCCAUCACAGGAACUGGUAUCAACCCAGCCAGAAGUCUCGGUGCUGCCAUCAUUUACAACAAAGAUCAUGCAUGGGAUGAUCAUUGGGUCUUCUGGGUUGGUCCUUUCAUCGGUGCUGCCCUUGCUGCCUUGUACCACCAGAUAGUCAUCAGAGCUAUUCCUUUCAAGAGCAGGGCUUGAGCCUCUCAUUUCGCAGUGUAGCUACUAUAUAUUUCUCAGCUCUUCUUUUUUAGUUACUCAGUUGUGAAUUUCAAGUCUCAGUGGAUGUUAAUUAUGGGGUUUUGAUUAUGUUUGUGAAUUAUUUAUGCUGAAAUUUGAACCUGGAUUGUAAGCUUUUAACAUCGAUAUUUGAUGUUUCCUUCUCUGGUUA